CAGGAGCUGAACUCCAGCAGGAGUUUGAUUGUAUGGCUGUGAAAACCGAGUAUAAAAUGGUUUUUUAAGGCAAAACACGUGUGGUGACCCUUGCAACGGUUGAGACUGGAAAACCAACCAUCUUCUUCAGACUAAAUCAAGACCGUUCAUCAAUCUGAACGUGGACAUGUGUCGUCCAUACAGUGAACCGUCACGUUUUCCUGAUGCUCAGCACACACAUCAAAGACUGCCUCUCGAGUUCUUCGGGAAGAGAAAGAGAGAAUAGAAGAAGCACAAACGCUCUCUGAAUCAACAACUUGUCUGCUUCCUUAGCUUCUGUGUGUUCGUUAUCUUCCUCAUCUUUAACACAUAAAGCUUGCAGAGGAACGAACACUAGUAAAAAGUGCUUUUUUUUUUUUUUCCUUUUUUGUGAAGGUGGAAAUGGCGAGCUCAGUGGGGAAGGAGGCUGCAAAAGAGGAUGUUUUUUCCUUGGAACUCCCUGCGCCUCCUGGUUGGAAGAAGAAGUUUCUGCCAAAGCAAGGUGGAACCCCUAAGAAAAAUGAGAUCAUAUUCACAGCUCCUACAGGGGAGGAAAUAAGUAACAGAAGACAGUUGGAACAAUACCUGAAAGCGCAUCCUGGUGGUCCAGCAGUAUCAGAAUUUGACUGGGGCACUGGUGAGACUCCAAGGAGGUCAGCCAGGAUUAGUGAGAAGGCAAAAGCAACUCCCACACCAGAAUCUGAGCCCCCAAAAAAACGAAGCAGGAAAUCAUCUGCGUCAAAGAAGGAUGGCAAAGAGAAAGAAGCUGCCUCUGGAGGAACUGAGGAGUCAAAAGUUACUGACAUACAAGAAGAUCAGAAAACAGAGAAAGACAGUGAAGAUGCUGAUGCCAAAAAGGAUGUUGUGAAGGAAAAUCAAGAUGAGAAAGCUCAAGAUGCAGGUACCAAAAUUGAAGCAGCUCCUGCUGGAGAAGCUGCAGCUGGUAAAGAAUCUGAUUUACCUAAUAAUUCUGAGAAAGCUACUGAGUCAGAGCAAGGAAAUUCAGAAGGGAUUACUGUUGGAAAGAAAGUUGAGGUUUCUGGAAUAAUUCAAAAUGAAAGUGGAAAUACAGAGGCAGCAAAAUUACCAGAAAAGGUUGAGCAACAACAGGAUGAGACAGAGAAAAAUAUAGUGGCUGGGGAGCAGAUCAAAGUCGACACUAAUGCUGACAAAAAAAGAAAUGAAACAGAAGGAGAGGAGAAAGAAAAGUAUGAGAAAAAAGCUACUGAAUCUGAAGGUGAAAUAAAUGAAAAAGAGAAGCAUGACAUAAAAGCGACUGAAUCUGAAGGAGAAGUAAAGGAGAAAGAAUCUGCAAAGGGAAACGAGGAACAUAACAAUACCGGCAUUCAUGAAGCUAGCAAGAAGGUUGAAGAAGUAAGUGAGAAUGGCAACCAUGGAAAUGAGGCUGGUAAGGUCAACCCCUGAGAAUAAACAGGCUGGCUCUCUCCUCUCACUCUGACACAUUGAAAUAUCUGGAAAUAUGUCUGUAGUUUUAAUGUUGAUGUUAAUUUUAGCUUCAGAUUUGUUUUUUGAAACAUCAGUCUAUACAAUCAUUGGUUAGGGUUAUAAUGUAACCUUCUUUUGUUGUACUGCUGAGGCAUGUAAACCUGCAAUGACCUAUUGUAACAUUAUGUGUAAAAUACUGGUUAUGUAAUAUUAUGAUGCAGUCCUGUAUUAAGGUAGUAAUCCGAAAAUUUCGAAUUUUACA